CAUUCGUCCACUGCUCAAAUGUGUCCUCCGCGGAGCACUAACAGAGCUGACUGGGAGGUUGAUAACGAGUUAAGAGUUAAGCAUGCUGUAGGACACGCACUUUUAGUGGAUAGUUUCGCCCAAAGAGAAUAAACAGCAGAUCAGAGUUGGCACCGUUCAUUGAAACAGGAUGGCAUCCCCUUCACCCCAUGACCGCAGCCGUAAAGACGAUGAUGAGGAUGACCCUGUUGACCAGAUGAUAUCCCGCACUGGCUGUGCUGAGCUCCACUAUUCUGUGCAGGAGUGCAUGGCUGAACACCAGGACUGGCGCAGGUGCCAGAGCCAGGUCCAGACUUUCAGGGACUGCAUGAUGAAUUUCCAAAUCGCACGGAAAGAACAGCUGAUGAAGCAGCAGGCAACCUCCACGGAGUCUGCACACAGCUGAACUCAACACUCCCUGAAAAGUCUGUACAUAACUUCAUUAUUGUUCAUAAAAUAAAGUAUGAUUAACUACAACAAA